AUGAGUAAAGGAGUUGCAGUCCCCAUCGAAAUCACGCUGACCCCACAGGGAAAAUCUUACACUGUAGACCUCAGGUGGGCGUGUUGGUAUGUGUGGAAAGUCGAAAACCGCAGAUACUCAGACUUUCUGAAGCUUUUCGAGCUUUUGUGCGAGAGGUACGACGAAGACGACUACCCAGAGUUUCCUGGCAAGUUGUUAGUGCACAGCGAAGAGAUGCUGAACGAGAGGAAGUAUGACUUAACACUCUAUAGCUCCGCUUUACUUACGUCCACUACAACUUUUUUGGACCCCGUCGUCAUCACUUUUUUUAAAGUGCCAACAAUGUUACUUUAUUUGUACCUCCCACGCCCUGUGAAUUAUUUUGGGCAAUACAAAACAAUUCUCGAGCAAAGCACACUCAAUGAAAUGAACGAAUUUGCAACAAAAAUCGAAUUGAAUGAAGAAGGCGGGAAAAGGUGGUCAAAAACAAUUAGAACGAUAUUGGGCGCAAUGAAAUGUGCACCACAAGACUUUGUGUUCACCGUGGAAGAGUACAUUAACCCAAUGAACGGGGAUAUUCACAUUCCACCACCAACUAUCAUUAAUGAUGAUAACAUCUACGCUUUCAACUCAAGAAUCAGAGAACUCAUGUCAAAAGCAAUGGACUUGGUCGAGGUCUCACAAAAAGAACUUUGGAAUGUCCAACUAACUAUAUUGAACGAUAUAUACAAUCUAAAGGUUGAGACACAAAGUUGUUACGAUUCUAUUAUGUAUGACAAAAUCAAACUCUCGCCAGACUCUUCAGACAUCCAGGUCUUAUGCUAUAGAUCAAUUUGUGAUAUCGACGUACUGAUUUCAGAAAAGUUGAUGCCACUCCUCGGAAAAGUUGCUGUUGUAUCAUCGCUUGGGAGAAACAAGCAGAUGUAUUGGUUGCCUUAUAACGACAGUGGAAAUUUCAUGCGGAUGUCGUCUUUGUUUAAUCUCUAA